UCGCGCGGCGUUUGAUCAUCCUCGAGUGCGCGCACCAGCACCGCGCACAUAACGCGAGGAUCGCAGCGAGCGUCGCGUCGCGCAUCUCGUUCCCGCGGAUGUCUACUGUAAACAUGUUCUGCUAGAAACCGACAGAAAGAAGAACACGACAGAGGCGUCAUUCAGCUGCAUCAAGAAGAACGAAGAGCAAAUUAAAGCGAACGACGCAGACGUGGGGUCGAGGCACUGGAGGAGCAACAGAGGGCAAAGCAACAUGGAGGAAUUCAAAGUCCAGACCGCCAAACACACCGUACCCAACAGUUCACCCAUGCGUCCGCACAGCGAGCACCCGAAGGAUCACGCGGCCAAACGCCUGUCCUCCGCCUCCAACGGCACGAGCGACGGAGGAGCGGGAGCUAAAACACCUGUGGAGAUCACCGCGCUGGAGGAGUCCUUCCGCCGCUUCGCCAUCCACGGAGACACACGAGCCACCGGCAGAGACAUGAACGGCAAGAACUGGUCCAAACUGUGUAAAGACUGCGGCGUCAUCGAUGGCAAGGGCAUCACCCUCACAGACGUGGACAUAGUCUUCUCCAAAGUCAAGAACAAAUCUGCGCGCACGAUUACAUACAGCCAGUUCAAAGAAGCGCUGGCGGAGCUGGCCGGGAAACGCUUCAAAGAUAAGAGCAGCGAGGACGCCGCGCAAGAGCUUUACAAGAUGAUCGAAGGGAAGUCGCCCGUUAUAGCUGGAGUCACGAGAGCUGUGGCUUCCCCGACCGUGUCCCGUUUAACGGACACCACCAAGUUCACCGGAUCGCACAAGGAGCGUUUUGACGAGACGGGCCGUGGGAAGGGCAAGGCGGGGCGAGUGGAAGUGGUGGACACGUCCGGAUACGUGUCUGGAUACAAGCACGCAGGAUCAUACGAGAAGAAAGUUCAAAAACCUCCUCAUAAACCCAUGUGAGAUUCUCCGUCCAGCAAACGGAGUCUAGAAAGCACAAACAGAUCCCGUUGUUCUGUGAAUAACAUUGAGUUUGUUCCUCUUCCUAUAAGUGUUUUAUUUCUAACUGGAACGCUGUUUACAUCACCAGCUGGUACGUUCCUAACAAACACGAUGAUGCCACGAGAAAGACAUGUGACUACAGUAUGGCACGGUUGAAUCUGAAAUGAAUCGAUUGUCAUGUUAUGGCUUCUCUAAUGAUGCAGUUGAAUCAGACUUGAGUAAUGCAGUGCAAGUCCAUAAUUUGCGUUGCAACAACACACAAAAAAUUUCCAAUUUAUGUUUUAAUGCAUUCAGCAGAUGCUUUUAUCCGAAGCAACUUGCAUUGCAUUUCAGAGCUAAAUGUGAUCAGUUCAUGCAUUCCCUGGGAAUCAAGCCCGUGAUCUUGGCAUUUCUAACACCAUGCUCGUAGAGCUCCUUUCACACAGCAAUCCUGGUAAAUUACCGUAAAAUCACCAGAAUUAGGUUUAUUUAGAAAUGCUAUUUACUGGGCUUAUGUUUCAGGCCUAUGAUAAAUAUAUUUGUCUUGAUAUAAAUUAUGCAUACCGUAUUUUUCGGACUAUAAGUCGCACCUGAGUAUAAGUCGCAUCAGUCCAAAAAUAUGUCAUGAUGAGGAAAAAGACAUAUAUAAGUCGCAAUUAUUUAGAACCAAGAACCAAGAGAAAACAUUACCGUCUCCAGCCACGAGAGGGCGCUCUAUGUCUUCAGUGUAGACUACAGGAGAACUGAGCAGCAUAGAGCGCCCUCUGGCGGCUGGAGACGGUAAUGUUUUCUCUUGGGUCAUUUCUCUUGGGUCAUGUCAAAUUAAUUUUGAUAAAUAAGUCGCACCUGACUAUAAGUCGAAGGACCAACUAAACUAUGAAAAAAAAGUGCGACUUAUAGUCCGUAAAAAAAAACGGUAAUUUGAAGGAAUAGUUCACCCAAAAAUGGAAAUCUUAUGUAAAUGUCCUCACUCUCAGGUGAUCCAAGAUGAGUUUGAGUUUGUUUCUUCGUCAGAUCUGGAGAAAUGUAGCAUUGCAUCACUUGCUCUGCAGUGAAUGGGUGCCGUCAGAAUGAGAGUCUGAUCAAAAAAUCCACAAUAAAUCCACCCACAUUUGUUAAGGGCUGUUUUGGCUUGUAAACGUUGCUUAAUCUGUGCAGAUUUCUCUCCUGAUUCAGACCAGACCAUUUUUUCAUGAUGGACUCUUAAAACAUCUUAAUGCUGGAUGUGUUUCAUCUUUUGUCUUCUCCAGAUGUUAACUGGAGUGCUGUGGAUUAUUGUGAUGUUUUUAUCAGACUCUCAUUCUGACGGCACCCAUUCACUGCAGAGCAAGUGAUGCAAUGCUACAUUUCUCCAGAUCUGACGAAGAAACAAACUCAUCCUCAUCUUGAACGUCACAUUUACAGCAAAUCUUAUUUUUCCGGUGAAUUCAUUUUGGAUGCAUGUAUGGCUUGACCUGAUAGUCGUCUCAUUCGCCAACAUUUUACGCUAAAACUUAAAAAAUCUACUGAUUUCGUUGGCAUUUCACAUAUAUUUUAUAAUAACCGAAUGCAUUUUUAAUGCAUAAAGAAUUGACUGCUGGUGCUCAAGAUUGUAUAUCUAGGAGUUUGUUUGAUGUUUUUUAAAGUUUCUAUGUAUUUCUAAUGCUAUAAUGGCCUAAUAUGAAGCACUGCCUGUGUGUUUUAAUUGUGGAAUGAUUAACUGUAGUAUGUAAAUGGAAACACCAUCAGCAAAAGUUCAGGAUGUUCUUGUUAUAUCCGUUUGCUCUGCAUCACAAUAUCUGACCCAAUGCAUGAAGCGUUAUACUUCAAAACAAUUCAUGCAGUGUUUUUGCCUACUUUACAAUGUUUACAAGAGAAGUGACAUGCUGUAACUAAUGCUGGCAUGACAGACGUCUAAAUGAAUACAUUCCCUUUACCACAACUAGUGUUCGGAUUUAUUUAUAAAUGCACUGCCAUCUGAACACACUGGACGGGAUCCAGCCCUCAGGGUUCCCACACUUUCCAUCAGACUUCCAGAACAGAUAAAUAAUCACUAAUGAAUCAUUCAAACACACUGCUUUAUGGCUCGCAAACAUGUUUUAAUCGAUGCAAGCCCAAUAUUUAGCUAAUAUAAUUUAAAUGGAACAUUACUAUUAAAAUCUAUAUUCAUUAUACACAUUUUUUAAAACCUUUUUUUUUUUAACGCGAGAAACUGAAUUGUGAAUCACUGAUUCACUGAAUCGACUCAAAAGAAUGAUUCACUCAAUUCAGUUUCACUUGAACCAGUUUAAUAUUUUAGAGCAUGGAGAAGAUUGUUUAAAGAACUUUUAAGAUUUUAUGACUUUUCCAGAUCUAGAAAACAUAAAUGUAAAAUGCCCUAACAUUUUUUACAUAAUUAACUGAUUUGUGAACCACUGAUUCACUGAAUGAUUCGCUCAAUUCAUUGUCACUUUAUUUCAUGGCCAUUUUAAUAUUUUAGAGCAUAGAGGAAAUCUUUUAACAAAAUUAAGAUUUUAUGACUUUCUCAGAUCUAGAAAACACAAAUGAAACAUUUCCUAACAUUUUUUUACGUGAUAAAUAGAUUUUUGAAACACUGAUUCACUGAAUCAACUCAAAAGAAUGAUUCACCCAAUUCAGUUUUACUUGAACAAGUUUAAAAUUUUAGAGCAUAGAGUAAUUUUUUUAACCAAAUUAAGAUUUUAUGACUUUCUCAGAUCUAGAAAACAUAAAUGUAAAAUGCAAUAACAUUUUUUACGUGAUCAAAUGAAUUGUGAACCGCUGAAUCAACUCAAACGAACGAUUCACUCAAUUCAGUUUUACUUGAGCCAGUUUAAUAUUUUAGACGUAGAGCAGAUUUUUAAAAAGGACCUUUAAGGAGACUUUUCUAGAUCUAGAAAACACAAAAAUUACCUAACAUUUUUUUACGUGAUAAACUGAUUUGUGAACCACUGAUUCACUGAAUCAACUCAGGAACGAUUCACCCAAUUCAGUUUAACCUGAGCCAGUUUGAUAUUUUAGACGUAGAGCAAAUUUUUAAAUGAUUUUAUGACUUUUCCAGAUCUGAAAAUCACAUAUUUUAAACGAUGUGAUGGUGGGAACCCUGAACUUUGUAAUAGAUGAUAUUUUCCGUGUCUAUGGAGCAAAGAAGGGAGGAGUGAGAGUGUACAGACAUAUUCUUCUACAGAACAUCUAUUUUCAGAAAAGACCAGUGGUUACAGAUCAUAAAUGUCAAGCUCUCCUGCAGAAAGUGACUCCUAUUUAUGAGAACAAACCAUAAAUAAGUAUAUAUGUUGUUGUAUUUAAUAUAUGAUUUUAAUGUUUUGUGUGCUUAAUGCCAAAUACUGUUAACCAUCCGUUUUGAGGAACAAUACUGACUUAUUUUUUAAACAAUGUUUUUUAAUGUUCUGCAGUAUCCUGAUAUGCAUGCCAUACGGUGAUGGUAAAACGAUUUUAACGUGUCGGUGUUUUGUAGCAUCGUAUUGAAUAAAAAAGAAAAAAAACUG